GAAUGAGUGAAACUGUUUUCUCAUGUGUGAACAGCAAGUUGGAAAUAUGGAUCUUUUUAUUUAUACUUUGAUCAGAGCAUAUCACAGGAUGUUCAUGUUAAAGUUUAACAUUAUUCUGCAGGAAAUAACAUGAAUUACGUGAUGGCCAUGGAACCAAAUCAAAUAAUCCUAACGUGCAUAGUUAUGUUAAUAUUAUAAUAAUGAGUAAACACAAACAAAAAACACUGUUUCAAAGCUGGGGUCAGAAAUCUCAAAAUGAGACGGUCAAAGAAAGCAAAUUAUCUACAUCUAAAGUUGUUGGUAAUGGCCUUGAGGUGGUGGACCUCUGUCAAGAUGACAGUGAUGAUGACCUACUUACACAUGCUUUGGAGGAGAGCAUGCUGUAUGUGCAAAAGGAGAAUCUUGGUGAAAAGGCAAUCUCAGAUGCACCUUCCUCCAGUAAAUGGAGAAAGACAUGUGCACGCAACUCUGAACUGGCACAAAAAUUUGGACAACCAUCUUUACACACUGAAGAAAAUUCACGCUUGUUUUGCAACUAUGGCAAGUUGCAGACUGUGAGCACUUCAUCCAAUUUUGACAGUGGGAAUAUAUCUUUAGGAGCCGAUGACAUUGAUGUUGAUCUGUUGCCAAGCAGCAAGGAUCUCUCUAGUCUCCCAGAGCUGCCAGGCUUUGACAAAUCUGCAGGCAGGUUGUGGAUCUAUCCAACUAAUUAUUCAGUUAGAGAUUACCAAUAUAACAUUGUGAAGACAUGUCUCUUUAGAAACACUCUCGUUAGCCUUCCAACAGGUCUCGGCAAGACGUUCAUAGCAGCUGUGGUGAUGUACAACUUCUAUAGAUGGUAUCCACAAGCGAAGAUAGUGUUCAUGGCACCGACCAAACCACUUGUGGCUCAACAGAUAGAAGCAUGUUACAAUAUAAUGGGGAUCCCACAGGAAGAUACAUCGGAGAUGACAGGUUCAAUGAAUCCAACAGAGAGACAAAAAGCAUGGCAUAGCAAACGAGUAUUUUUCCUGACCCCUCAGGUUUUAACCAAUGACCUCACUCGAGGGACUUGUCCUGCAGAAGGCAUCAAAUGCUUGGUGUUUGAUGAGGCACAUAAAGCUCUUGGAAAUCAUGCCUACUGUCAGGUUGUCAGGGAAACUAUUAAGUACACUAAAGAUGUCCGCAUCCUAGCACUCAGUGCCACACCAGGAAGUGAUAUUAAGGCCGUGCAACAGGUUGUGACGAAUCUUCUCAUCUCACACAUUGAGAUGAGGACUGAGGAGUGCAUCGAUAUCAAGUCUUACACUCACGAACGCAAGGUCGAUAAGAUUGUCAUUCCACUCGGAGAAGAACUCACCAAGAUUAAGACCAAGUUUCUUCAAGUGAUAUCAGUGGUGGUAUCCCGACUGGUCCGCUGUGGUGUUCUCUAUCGACGAGAUCCAUCAAGUCUCUCUAAGUUUCUUCUGCUCAAGUCUAGAGACAUGUUCAGACAGAACCCACCAGAAAAACUACCGAAAGGACAGUUUGGAGUUGUGGAAGGUGAUUUUGCCCUUGGUAUGAGUCUUUAUCAUGCAUAUGAACUGCUCCAACUUCAUGGUUUGCGGUCAUUUUAUAACUUUCUCACUGGCAUUGUGAAUGGGGAGAAGAGCUUUGGAAGAACUAGGGCUGAACUGCUUGGAAAUGCUGACUUCAGUGAUAUCAUGGACGGGUUGAAGGAGAGGUUCACACAUAACAACUCUCCUACAUCAAACAAACCACCAGCUGUUACAAGUGGACAUCCUAAACUGGAGAAACUACAAGAAAUUGUAGUGGAACAUUUUAGGAAAUUUCAGAAUGCGAGCGAUGUUGAGAUGCCAUGCUCGACCCGUGUGAUGAUAUUCUCACAGUACAGGGAUAGUGUGGAGGAAAUCCGAGACCUGCUCAAUCAGCACUAUCCCAUGGUGAAGGUGAUGAGCUUUAUUGGCCAGUCAUCCACAGGCAAAGUCAGCAAGGGUUUCACGCAGAAAGAACAGUUGAAGGUUAUGAAAGCAUUCCGAGAAGGAGGCUACAACACGUUGGUAUCUACGUGUGUUGGAGAGGAAGGACUCGAUAUUGGCGAUGUUGAUCUGAUCAUCUGUUUUGAUGCCCACAAGUCGCCAAUCCGCCUUGUCCAGCGAAUGGGAAGAACUGGCAGAAAAAGAAAAGGACAUAUUAUCAUGUUGGUAACAGAAGGCAAGGAAGAACAGAUCUAUAACCAAAGCCAGUAUUCCAAGAAGAGUAUCCACAAAGCCAUUCUGAAUGGAGCCAAAUCUCUCCAUUUCUACAGCGACAGUCAUCGAAUGUUUCCAGAAGGCCUUACACCCACCUGUCACAAAAUGUUCAUCACUGUCAAACAGCAGGAUCUUUCCAAGAAAAUGGCUAAGUGUAACACCAACAAGAAUCGAGUCGGAACUGUAAAAACUUUUGGCAUUUCAGAAAAAAAAUGUGCACUUGAAGAUGAUGGUGGUAUUACAAGAGAAGAGUAUGAAGAACUCAAGAACUUUUUAUUACCUGAAGCAGAGGUCAAGACAUUGCCAAACAGAUGUUUUCAUUGCCUCUUUGGCUCAAAGGAGAAUGGUGUAGACUCAAACCAACAAGAAUCCACAAAAGUAGAAUUGUCUUUAACAGAGUGGCUCCCAUGGCAAAAUAGGCAGCAGGAAACCCGAUUCCUAGGCCAUUCUUUAAAGACAAAACACCUGGUGGAACUCAUGGAAUUUGUAGAAUUGCAGCAAUCCCUUUCUGCCGAGGAAGACCACUAUGGUCUUGAGAUGCACACCUAUCUGAAUAACAAUGACAUUCUAAAGCCAGGCCAGAAUGAACCAAUGGGAGAUGGGAUAUUACAGUUUUGCUCUAAAAAAGAUAGAAAUCAAAAUGUUGAGACAGUGACUGUAAAGAUUAAAACAAAAAGAACUAGUGAUAAAUCUGUGAGACCGAAACGAAGUGAAAUUCUUCCCAUUAUUAAAAUAAUUGGUGAUGAAAGUGAUGAUGACUUGCCUGCAUUUGAUCUUGGUGAGAAAUUAUCUGUUGUAGAUGACAAGAAAAGCAUUCUUGAUGUGGAAGAAUUCAUUUCAGAUGACACUAAGAUGAAGUCUAAUACAUGUGUACCUGGUUGGAAAGAAUCAAUCGCAAGUGACACAGACAUUAAGUCCAAUCAAAAUGAUUUUGGUCGGAAAGAAUCAAAUGAAAUUAACAAGUCUAAGAAAAAUGUGCUUGGUGGGAAAAAAUCUGUUGACAAUGAAACAGACCAAAAGUCUAAGAAAAGUGUGCUGGGUCCCAGUCAAAAUGAUAAAUGUGAAUCUAAAAUGAAGAAACUAAAAAUGAAUGUCAAUAGGUCAGUUAUACAGAUCAUUGCUGAUGAUGACAGAGAUGAUUUUCAAGAUCCGUUAGUUUCUAGUGAAUUUAUAACUGAUAUACAUGAGACAGCACAAAACAAUGUAUUCGAGAUAAUGGAAACUGAUGAUAGUAAUCCUUCUGUACUGUCUAUUAAUGAUAUCACAACAAACAGAGUAAUGUCUGCCAUGAACGUGGAAGUAAAUGCCACAGUUUGUCCAGAGAAAUACAGGUCUCUAUCUUCACAUCCAUUAGGAACUGCAGGCAGUUGUCGUGUGCCUUCUCCUCCCUCUGUCAAAGAACUGACAGAAGUAUUUAACAUACUUGCUAGUCAAACUCACUUGCCUAAACUUGAUCUUAUGCAGCUAGUUUCUAACUGGACAAAGGGUAACCAUUUUGAGGAUACUAAUGAUAUGUUAACUGUUGACAUAAAUUCAGUAAAUUUCGAUCUUGCAUCAGUUAGUGAUGAAUCAAUGCAUUCUUUAGCAGAAGAAACUGUGCCAAAGUUUACCUCGUUAAAACCUGUAAUACCCAUUUCAUUGAAUGCUCUGGACAAUUGCAAUGAAGGAGUGUUUGUUUUGAACCAGUCUGACAACGUUGGUAAUAGGAAAGGUGCAGUGUCUUUAAAAAAUAAUCAGACCUUAAAGACUAGUCAGAACUCUUCUCAUUUUCCCAAUGUUAACAUUCACGGUGUGAUGCAUGAUUUUAAAAUGGAUGGAGACCUUAAAGUUUUGAAAGCCGAAAAUGAAUGUGAAGAGAAAAUGAGUACUGUGUUCUCUUCUGAUGUUCUUGAUGGUGUCAUUUUGAAACAUUCUGGUAAUGGUUUUACAAAAGCGGGUAUAAUCCCUAAACUACAUGCUGAAAAAGGAUGUGAUGUUCUGGAGGGAGUCACUUCAAUGCAUUCUUGUGAUGAAUUGCCUAAAAACAGAUUUAUGGUAAUGUCUGAGCUGCAUGCAGAAACAGACACUGAAGAUAAUAAGACUAUAGGUUAUUCUUGUACUUUUUUGAAUAGUUCCUCUUUGCCACAUUCUGUUGAUGGUCUUCCUACAACAAACAUAGUCCCUAAAGAAACCACUGACAGCACCACUAAGAUAUGCUCUGAGCAUAAAAAAGAAACCACAAAUGGUGAUGCUCAUUCAUUUGUUGAUUCGUUCUUCAAUGACGAUUUUUGUGAUGAUGAGUUUCUCACUCCUGUUGUAGAGACUACCCCACAGUCUAAAGCCUCUGAUCCGGUGACCUUCACACAAGCUAUGGCUUUUAUAAAUUCCACUCCGGACUAUACUGUUGAGAACGAAACUUGCUCAGACAAUGCUGGAGAUGACCUAAGGACUGACAAACUUGACCAGACUAAACUCUGUAAAUCUCCCGUACAUUUUAGUUCCACUGUUUUUCAAGGUGAUGAUGAAGGUGAAGCAAACUGUUUACAAUCAGGUGAGGUGAAAGAUGAACUUUCCAAACAAAUGGUUAUGUGUGAUGACAAAAGUGAAAACUCUAUCCUAAAUGCUGGAACAUUGCAUGAACAAAAACCUUUGAAUAAUGAAGAUUUUCAAGAUGUUCCUGUUUCAUAUGUGUCUACUAGCAUGUGUGAUAGCAAUGCAAAUCUUAAUCAGGAGAAGACAAAAACAUUUCUUUAUUCUAAAUCUAAAAACGGAGUUUCAUUGGAAACCUUAUCUUUGAAAAAUGAAUCUACUACUGGUGCUAAUGUAGCUGAUUCUAUAAACUUUACGUCAUCUGAACAAAAUGUGGAUGUAGUGACUCCAAGGAAAUCUAAUAAUCCUGAAGAGACAUGCAGUUUGGAAGAUGAUUUUAUAUUACCCAUGUUUGACCUUGAAUUUGACCUUGAUGAUGACAUAAUACCACCAUCACCUUCAGUGUCACAAACCUACAGUAAAUUCUCUUUUUCAAGGUCACAACGUGCACUUUCAAAUAAAUCACAGAAAAUUCUUUUUUCUGAAGGUAAAAUUGGUGAGUCUUCACAUAGUAGUGAUGAUGUUGAAAAUCACUCAUCUCCAUUUUCACCAUCACUGUUGGAACCCCAUCAUGUUUGUGAAGAAGAGAUACAGUUACAGAUGCCAACAACUCCUGUUUUAGAUUACAGAUGCAGCAGCAAACAAGCAACUGUUAAGAACAGCACCCCUACAGCAAAAACCCUGAAGAUGAAUGAUACUUCAGUUAUUUCUAAAAAUGUUGAUACCCUGAAAAAGAAAAGGAUCAGCCCUUUGUCUCUUGCCAGAGGCAAGAGAGAUAUUCUGCCAUCUCCUAUAAGACAUGUUACUCCAGUGAAAAGGCAGACCAGUCCAUGUGAAUCCAAGUUUAGUGUGUGUGAAACAUCAGGACGAGCGCUGGAAGACCCGGACGAUGAAGAUAGUUUUGUCAUAGUGAACAGAAAAAGGAAAAGGAUAACUGUAUUGAAUUCAUCUACUGAGUCUCCAGACCAAACUACAGGAUCGAGAUUAAAAACUCCUUCCAGACCCACAGCAAGUAAAAGGACCAGCAAUGUACAGUUUGACACAUCGAGUGAUGAUGAAUUUGCUAUCAGUAAACCAAAACAACUUUUUGGUCGGCUGCACUUGAAGCCACACCGUGAGCAUGAUGAUUUUGUUGGUGAACAGCUUAGGAAACCAACAGCUAAAAGAUGGACUGCUUCAAAAACGAGCAAAAAUAAGCAAAAACAGAGUGACUUCAUUGAAUAUGAGGCUGUGCUGUCAGGCGAGGAGGGCAGGUCCAGUGACGAUGAUAGUAGUGGUAUGGAUUUCUAUGACGACAGCUUUGUCAAUGACAACACUCAAAUGACACAGCACGAUGUUGAUAUGCAUGCUGUCUACUUGAAGUCUGUGCACAGCCCCAUCGCAAAGAAAUGCAAGUAUGUGGAAAAAUACCCCCAUGCUGAUGUGUUCUCUCAAGUACCACCUGAGGACGAUACACAUUAUAUGGAGGAUAGCUUCUGUGUGGGUGAUGACUAUGAAGACAAUGUGGAUGAUACUGAUGAAGAAGAGGAGGUUCUCAAAUGGAAACAACAUAAAAGCAAACAUCAGAAGAAGACUAAAGUUGUUAAAGGAAAAAAACGAAUCCGCCACCUGACUGAUUCAUCUAGCGAUGAGGAACCCACAUUCAGAGUACAGCCAUCACAAGUGGAGGACAAUGCAGCAGAAUCGAGGAAGAAAUCUUUACAUGCUCUUUUUUCUAGUAGUGAUGAAGAAAGUCCCGUGAACUUAUCUUCUGUUAAUCAAAAAUUAAAUGUCAAAGACUCUGUGAUAAAUAGAAUGUCUCAUUUAGAGGUAAUGAGUUUAAGAGUUGGGCAUGAUAAAACAUCGAUUAGUAAGAUAUUGAGUAACACUAGUGUUUUAAAUAGGAGUACAUCUAUGUGUAUGGCUGUAGAUGCGGAUCAGAGUAACUCAUCAGUCAGUAGACAGAACUUGAAUGUGAAUAACUCAUCAGUCAGCAGACAGAACUUGGAUGUGAAUAACUCAUCAUUCAGCAGACAGAACUUGGAUGUGAGAAACUCAACAGUCAGCAGACAGAACUUGGAUGUGAAUAACUCAUCAGUCAGCAGACAGAACUUGAAUGUGAAUAACUCAUCAGUUCGCAAACAGAACUUGGAUGUGAAUAACUCAUCAGUCAGCAAACAGAACUUGGAUGUGAAUAACUCAUCAAUCAACAGACAGAACCUGGAUGUGAAUAACUCAUCAAUCAACAGACAGAACCUGGAUGUGAAUAACUCAUCAAUCAACAGACAGAACUUGGAUGUGAAUAACUUGUCAGUCAGCAGGCAGAACUUGGAUGUGAAUAACUCAUCAAUCAACAGACAGAACUUGAAUGUGAAUAACUCAUCAGUCAACAGACAGAACUUGGAUGUAGAGGCAGCAAAGAGAGACCGUGAGGAACGCUUGAUGAAGCAAAAACUGAAACAGGAUGAAUUCAGGUGGAAAAUGUUAAAACACAAACAAUCACUAAGUGUGUCCAUUGAGGAUGUUGGUAAUGGGCAAGGUGAUUGUACCGCUGAGUGUGUGUUAGAUGUAACAAGUGAUAGACAAUCUGCCCAGAUGCUGAAUUGUUCAGAGGAUGAGGCACUGGUGUCUGAAACAUCUGAAGAUGAGAAAACCUGCAGUACUGUUAUGCUUGUAAACCCAAUGCUGUCAUCCAAAACUGGAGGAAGGCUUGUGGUACUUGUUGAUUCAAGAGAAAUAAGUGGAGCCCAGGACAUUGUGUCAUCUUUACGACUGCAGCACAGUUUUUACAUUGUUGCUAGGCAAAUCACAGGUUGUGAUUACAUCCUUAGUAAUAGGCUUGCUGUUGAUCGGAAACAGUGGUCAGAUUUUAGUAAUGGUGCUAACCGCAAGAAGUUAAUUGACCGUGUCCAGAGGAUGCAGAGUCUGUAUGACCGAUGCUGUAUCAUUGUUGAGAAGGAUCGGGUAAAACCAGGAGAGGAGAAAUCACCACGAGCUUGUCAAAGAAGCAAAUAUAAUGACUGGACCUUGGCCUUCCUCUCUCAGAGCAACGUCAAACUGCUGUUUAGUGAUUCUCAGGGUGAGACUGCAGCACUGAUAUCGGAGUUGUGUCAGCUAGAGGCUAAGAAAGGGAUGAACAUCACUGUACCAGUUGAUCUGAACCCGCAGCAAGAACAGGUGUUUCAGUUCUACACCAGUAUACCUCACCUGAACUGCACUCAAGCUUUAUCUUUAUGUUACCACUUCAAGACACUGUCAGAAUUUCUCAAAAGCACCUCACAGGAGAUCAGUAUCAAAGGUCAGAUGUCGCAAGCGAGAGCAGACGACAUUUACAGUUUUAUCAAACACAAAUUUGACCUUCAAAUGUUGCCUUCCAAGAGAUGAUAGUAAAUUUUAAUACCAUAGUUCAAAUAAAUCCAUAAGACUGAAAAAGUAUUUUUAAGUAGUCAUAGAUCAUGGUGUCAAAUAAAGUUAUUGAUUUGAACAAAUGUUUACAUGUGAGACAAUUAAGAGGAAACAUGGCUUGUGUUGGUAAACGGCACCAGUGAUUGAACACCCUUCAAGAUGUAAUUAUAUUACAGUGCAUUACAGUCAGAUAGGUGCUAACAUUCCCGUGGUUCAAGCAAACUGUAUUGACGGUCGAGUUUCACAAUUUCUUACUUGCAAUGUGACCUUGACUUGGUGGUCUUAACACCCAACAGUAGUCUUGUUUCAUGAUAAACAUAUAUGGCAGCUCCAUAGCAAAAUGUUCUUUUUUCAAACAAGAAACCGACCUUUACGAGAUAGCAUUGAUAAAUACAGACCCAGGUUUUAUUACACCAUGGUGAUAGAGAUACCCAUGUGAUAUUGUCUCUUCACAUUGUGGAAUGUGCCUUUUGAGAGGACGUGUGUCACACAGUACAACUGCAUAGAAAUUCGUGCAAGAGGUGCACGCAUGGUUCUUUCAAUUCAUAAUUUUAAAUCGGAAAAAUACUUAUUGUCAAUUCUUAUAAUUAAUGUUAGCAGCAUAAUUUAACAAAAUAUAUAUUUUAAUAAUUUUGUUUAGCCGUGAAUAUGUUUAUAAUAUUGUUUAUGUAAACUUCAUUGAUAGAUGUGUGGUGUAGGAAUGCAAAGUUUCAUUGAUGAAAUAUCUAAAUGACUUGACCACAACAUAAUGUGGUAAGUGAUGUCAUUUUCCCAGUCAUUAAUCUGUUCAUUUUUAUGUCUUGUUUAGUUAUUUUGUUCAAGUUUUCUUUAUUGAUGUGCGAUGUAAUAAAUAAAACACUAUACUCGUUCCCAUGUGGGACAGUUUAUAUUACAACUAGAGUGUUUUUAAUCGUACAUCACUCGCUUUCGUUCAUGAUGUACGAUUGAAAACACACUCAUAAUAUAAACGGUCUCACACAGGAACUUGUUUACUAUUCUCAAUGUAUCUCAUUGGUAGAUCUAGAGUACUUGCUUUAGAUCUCACUAAUUGGGAUGCAAUGAGUUUUAUGUCUGUUCUGAGCACAACAAGAUCUUUUUAACACAAUAAUGUUAUUAACAGCUGCUGAAGAGUUGUGGAUAUUCAGAAAUAUAUUUCAAGUUAUUUUCAAUUUAAUUAAAACGGACAGAACUAUAGAUUUCAUCUCCAUCCUUUUGUCUGUCUGUCUGUCUGUCUGUCUGUCUGUGUCCCACAUAUAUCUGCUGAAAUUUUGUACCUAACUUUAUCAUAUACUAUUACAGACCAUUUUUGACAAAGUUAUGGCCAUUGAAGUUAUUAGGAGAUACGGAAAUUUAAUUUUCGGACAUUUUCCCCCCAGUACCUCAAGCUAUUGAGCUGAAAUUUUGUGUAUACCUUUAUUAUGUACUAUUACAGAUCAAGAUUUACUUUCAUGAUGAUUUACCCAUUUUUGGCAGUUAUGGCCCUUAAAUUUAGGACUAUGGAAAUU